UAAACCUCAAAGAAUCCAACAGCUUGAGCUAACUGUUUUGUUGGAUACAAUGACACUGCCGCUAGCAAGAACAAACAACCAAUCAGCACAAUUAAUCACAGAUGCAGUGUAAUUCAUAUCAUUGACCUUAAAAGUGUUAUGAGUAUGUUGUUCCUCGCUCAAGUCAUUGCUCAUUUCUGUUAAAUGUCUGUCAUGAGGCACUGCUGCUAUCAAUAGGCAGUGCUAUCUUAGUAACAGAACUGAACCCCAACCAUGCGCCAGCUGGAGGGGGGCAGUUCUGUUAACUCACUUGCGGGGCUAUUUUGUUGUAAAUGCCAGGCUAUGGUUGAGUUUUGGUGGAUAUUUUGUAGACAAUUGUUCACCAUGCAUUAUUUUAAACAACAGUAAGCUUUUAUUAUCCAAGAACACCAGACCAGUUUGUUCAAAUAGGCUGCUAGACAUGGAUAUUGUCAAGGUCAGAGUUGGAGAUAAUGUCUUUGAAACAAACAAGUCUUUGUUGAUAAAGGAAUGCGAAUAUUUCAGGGCUCUUUACAGAUCUGGGAUGAUAGAGUGCCAUCAAGAAGAGAUUCACCUCAAGAACCUUAAAGCUAAAGGAUUCGUAAUAAUGUUGUCUGUGGCCACUGGUGACAGACCCAUUCUAAAUGAUGAUGAGAUUUUGGAAGCCAUUGAAUGUGCUGCUUUCUUCCAGACCGAACCACUUGCCAGGCAUCUUCAGGAUCUUCUCAACUCUGACAAUUGUCUGCUCAUGUACCAAGCUUCUGCCAUUUAUGGUUUAUGGGGUCUCCAAGAAAUGUCGGCGCAGUUUAUUCGCAAUAUGUACCAUGACCUGCAAGAGGACUUGAAGGACCUUCCACAGGAGCUGACCGAAUUUGUGGACUCUCUGGUUCCUAGUGCAUUCGUGGCGGUAGGUUCCCACUCAACUUGCACCGCAGAUGAGCUUCCUCUUGCUGCCACAAGAACGGUAUGCUACCUCGAUGAGGAUGAAGGAGACUGGAAGGUUCUUACCGCCUUGCCUAUGGAGGCCAGCACAUCUUUGUCUGGUUUGACUGUUUUGGACAACCAACUCUAUGUUGUUGGAGGUGUGCAUGGUGUUGACAAGAGAGCUGUGGAUGCUAGCUUUUGCUAUGAUGUUGUCACCAACACCUGGAGUUUGCUGCCAGGCCCCAGACAGUCACGGUACAACUUCACCCUAACAGGGAUUGAAGGUAGCCUCUAUGCCAUGGGAGGAGAGUCUGGAGGGACCACUAUGUCCUCAGUUGAGAUAUAUAAUGUUGCCACAAAGGAGUGGACUUUUGCAGCACCUUUACCUCGACCGGUAGCGGGGAUCGCAUGCACCAAUGCCAUGAGCCGAAUAUUUGUGUGUCUUUGGAAGCCGAUGGACACCAAUGAAAUCUAUGAAUACAUCCCAAAACAAGAUGCAUGGGUUCUGGUGAGUACCCUUCUGAAGCACCAGAGCUAUGGACACUGUAUGGUGGCCCACAGGGACAACCUUUAUGUCAUACGCAAUGGUCCCAAAGAUGAUUUCCUGCGCUGUUUGAUGGAUUGCUACAACAUCACCACAGGGCAAUGGACAUCAAUGCCUGGGCACUAUGGCAAUAGCAAGGGGGCACUGUUUACAUCUGUAGUGAGAGGAGACUCAGUGUUCACACUGAAUCGCACCUUGACUCUGGAAUACACCAUUGCGGGAAACAUGUGGAAACCUUCUAAGCAAAUGAAGGGGUUUCCAAGGAAUGGAUCUGUGUGGACAUUUCUUCUCAGGAUUCCAAAAGAGAGGAAAGAAGUGAUUGUGUCUUAAAUUGACUGAACCUUAGUAACCAUGUUAAUGGCAAAUAAAACAUAUAUACUUUUCAUUGUAGCAUUUUAUUUUGCCUCAAGGCCAUAAAUGUAUAAUUUGAUUAAGUUAAAGGAUAAUUCACACAAGAAAAAAAAAUUAUGUUCUAUCACCAUUUACUCACUGCCACAAUAUA